AAGGAUCAACCCAGGAUUGACGUGAUUCUCCCGCCUAAAUGGUCAAUAAACAUGGGGCAUCAGAGCACUUUGAAGGCUGGACGAACACCCCCCUGGGACCCGGGAGAGCGGCUUGCGGCUGGCUCUCGAGUCUCGAGCCCUCCUCGCCAACCAAGCCGCGGCUGUAAGGGUCUGAUCAGUGGGAAAAGAGAGGGUCCUCAUCUGCCCUAUUUUCACAAGUUCGUGUACACUGCAGUAUACAUACUGUGUAGUCUAUUCGAGCGGCCUGUCAAAAUUGCGGCCGGUUGGUUCCGCUCACCCGCCCUCGCCCUCGGGCUCCGUAUAAUCUGUCAUGUGGUCCCCUCCGACUCCCUCGACAGCUCACUCCUCCCACUCUGCCCACCCGAGCUGUGUUGUCACUUAGUGGCCCUCUGGUUAUUGUAGCUGGAGCGGGAUAUCCCUCCCUCCCUCUCCCCCUCCAUCCCCCCUCGUUGUCGAGAGGCCUCGAAAUCCGAACACCGAAUCGUCGAAUCGCCAUCGCCUUAUUUUGUCCACGACCUGCCACCGGACUGCGGCCCCGGACCCGAGCUCGAACCCCGAUCGUUCGUUGGUGAUCUGCAGUGAACUGACUCUUACCCAUCGCACGGACGAAUCGCUUCAUCCCGCCGACCUGGGAUCGCCUGGAUAGGGUUGCAAUGUCAUUAUGGGAAUCUUGACGCCCAGAGAAGGCACCAAUGGACUGGUAGUCGUCGAAUCGACCGACCUGACAUACUUUCCCAUUACGCUAUGGGACAUCCGCGUCAUUGCAGUCUUGUGGACGCUGUUUCUGGUGACCGGCAUCUUCGUUGUUCUCCGUCUAUACUCUCGUGUCAAGAUCCUCCAGUUCUACGCCGUCGAAGAUUACCUAUACAAUGUCGCCUUUACGCUUCUCCUCGCAUACAAUGGUCUCAUCACAUUCUACUCAUAUCACGGCCUCGGCAGCCAGCUUCCACCAUCCCUAAGCACGAGCGACGUCACCCUCAUUGUUGUCUUUGAGAAUGUCCUUUUCGAUAUCGCCAGCAUCGGUCUCGUCGUUGCGAAGAGCUCACUUGUGGUCUUCCUGCUGCGUCUUGCCCCGCAACACCAGUCUCAGCUGAAGUGGCACACACUCAUCGUCCUCCCGAUUGUGCUCCUCGGCAUCGUAACCUUCGGGGCGAUAAUGGCAAUGUGGUCGAGAUGCUUUACCGCACUGGCCGGGACGACUCUGUUAUGCUCCAGUGUUGUUCCUGCAAUGCACUGGAUGCAAGUAGCGGCGGGCUUCAGUGUUGCGGUCGACCUGUGGUAUGCCGCGAUGCCGUGGUAUCUUCUACGGCGCCUGACACGGCCGAGGAAGGAGAAAAUGUUGAUCCAAGGAUCAAUGAGUCUUGGUGUAAUUGCUGCGGGUUGUGGUAUCGCGAGAGGCUUGACCAUAUACGCGGCGGUGAAUAACCUAGCUGAGAAUUCAGCCGCCGUACUUUAUCUUUGGCAUGGAGCGGAGAUGGCAGUGACAAUGAUAUGUAUUGGCCUGCCUGUCAGCAGGCCGGCCUAUGCCAGCAUGAUCCAGGCAUGUGGUAUGCGAACCCGCAAGGCGAAGACCAGCAAUUUGUACCCCUCUUAUACCGGCACCUACAGACAGGCUCGGGACCUUGCGAACGGCGAGCCGGAUACGUGGUCUCAGCGAGAGAUUCUGACCGACACGAACGCGAUGCAUGUGGCCACCAAGGAGUCCUUCAGCAUGACUUUGAUAGGAAAACCGGGCAUCACAGUGACCAAGACUGUAGAUGUCACCAAGCAAUCUCCAGUUUAAUUUUUUCGACUUUUCCUGAUCUUCUCGUUGAACGAGACUGAGCGGUGGGGUUUCAGGCGUUGUGUGGCAUGUUUUAAUAGCUAUGGGCUUGGCAGGCGUGUACCGGUCAUUGACGGCCAUUCGGCAACUGUAUAUAACUACUUCCCAGGCACGCCCCGGGAAAGGCUACUUGAUGCUGUACAUCUGUCAACACAGAACAACAAGUUAGCCAUUCUCGCAA